ACCUCAAAGAAAGUAAAUUUAAUGAGAAAUAUCACAAAAAUAUGAUCAUAAACUGUAUUAGAUUAUAUUUUUAUGUUGUUCAUUUCAACAAAAGUAAUGUUUAAUUACUGCUGUAGUUUUGGGUUGGUUUUAGGUGUAGGUCAAGGACCGUGACCUCAGAUUUCUUACUAUGUCGGGUGUAGUCUUUUGAAGGAGGAGGGAAUCACUUCAAGUGGAGGAGGGCACAUUACAACUUAUUUGUUGAAUUGUCCCAAUUGCUGUGGCAAUUGUGAUCAAUUGUUGUGGCACUCUAAUAAUAUUAAAUGCAUUGUUACGUGUAACAACUUCUUGGUUUCUCUUUAUUCAAUUUUACAGGCACACUGUGUCUAGUCUUGAGAUGACAGUAGAUUGCACAGCCAUCCACUUUGAUUAACUGUAAUGGAUGAGAGCCUCAGGGUUCUCCAUUUGGAUUCUUGGCCUCAGUGCCUUUUACAGUUUUUUGUUCAUUAGGUUGCAAAAAUGUUUUCUUCUCAUUUUCAGUGUUGGAGGCCUGUUCUUUAUAUAUGAUGGGUUCUGUUUUGUUUUUUGUUUUGUUUUUUAGAAAAAUUGUCUUGCUGUUUUGAAAACCCCAUAUGAAUUUGUAUUACACGGUACUCUGAUUAUAAGAUUGAGAUUGCUGGUGGUAUUUGUGAUAUCUGCCAGGACUUAAAAUUUGUUUUCAUAUGGCUUCCUUUCCUUUUGACCACAGGCUCUGAGCCUUCUGGAGUGCUGCCAUGACCAGUCAGGGAGGCAGCAAUGUGGACACACCCAGCCACCUACCUUCCUCGUCAUCCUCAUUUCUCCGGCCAUCCUCAGGUCCAAAACUACAUGUGCAACGCUCACUCUCCCGUGACACAAUCACCAUCCAUUUCUCAUCCCAGGGCAAGGAGGAGGAAGAGGAGGAUGAAGAGCUCUACAAGUUGGCUGUGUCCACAUCUGGUCUGGAAGGGGAUGAUCAGGGCAUAGUCACAGCUUUGGAGGCCAGCGAGGAGUUGCUGUUUGAAGGCACAGGAACAGGACUAGGUUCAGGUGUGCCCCCCGUGUCUUCUGCUAUGACAUCAUCAUCUUCGGUGGUCACCCAUACCCAAAGCUCAGCCUUAGCCAUCCAGCCAUUAUUCACAAGCCUUGGCUCCUCUUCCACUUGUAGCCCUUCUAGCUCCUCCUGGCCCUCAGAGCACUGGACCCAACUCCCUCCACCUGCCACUUACUCUGCCUCUUCCACUUCGUCUCCAGUCAAGGCCACAGCUGUGCACUCAAGGCCAUUCCUCAGCCUCGUGAGGUCUCUCUCCACUGAGGUGGAGCCUCGUGAAGGUGUCCCUUCAGCAACUGCCCCUCAGCCUAUGCGACACAGACAUCUGAUGAAGACUCUAGUCAAAUCUUUGUCCACUGACACAGCCCGUCUUGAACAGGAAACCCCAGCACACCGGCCCCCUGAUUCCCGUCGUAACCUACACCUCUUCAAACCUUUUACCCAACCUCGUGUCACUGCCACUGCCAGUGGUGACUCUAAAACAGCGCCAUCCUCGCCCAUUGCUUCACCUGAUGGUCGUUCCUUCUUCAAGGUACAGGAAGUUGAAGCACGCAUUGAAGAUACCAAGCGGCGUCUCUCCGAGGUAAUGUGUGAACCCCUGCAGCUGCUUAGCAAGAUUAUUGGUGAGGAAGGAGGAAGUACUGCUAGUGGAGGUUCAACAACUGGGACAGCGUGGGGAGCCCAACAUCCUAAAAGUCUCUCAUCUAGCACCUCAGAGCUCUGUAGUCUUACAGCCCUCAAUGGCCACCUGGAAAGCAAAACUGACUAUUGCAUCAAAGAGGAAGAUGACUUUGAGGGUGACAGUCCACCAGGGAUAGCCACCAAUGUUAUAUUUAAGUCACCCUCACUAGGCCUGGACAGGUGCUUUAUGUCAGCCUUGGCCAGGCAGGAAGAUGAAGAGUUCUGUGAGCUCUACAGUGAAGAUUUCGAACUCUGCACAGACACGGAAGCCGAUGGUGACCUUGGCAACUCGGCCCACCUCCAGCUGGGUAGCACAGCAUGCAGCGAAGAACCAACUGAGGGGGGUGAGGAGGAGGAGGAGGAGGAGGAGGAGGAAGAAGUGCCUCCGACCAUACCACAUAAUGGUCUCAUCCUUCUCAUUUCUGUUGUGUACGGCUACUUUGUUUUGCCAUUGCCCACAUACAUAGGUGGUGUUUUGCUUGGAGUAGCUGCAGGCUUCAUGUUAGCAAUAUUGGUGGUGUGGCUGUCAGCUCCACGUAGUUCUUCUUGGGGACCUCGCUUCAGACGAUGUAAGAGAGAACGCUGGAAUGGGGUGCCUCUAGACAUCAAAGAGCCAAUCAUCUAUAAGGGUUGGAUGAACGAGAUUUACAGCUAUGACCCAGAGGCCUACCAUGCCACGCUUACCCAUUCAGUAUAUGUGCGUCUUGAAGGCUCUGUGCUACGUCUCUCCAAACCCAACCGCAAUGUUCCCCGCCGUGCCACCUUCAAUGAGCCCAAAUCAGACAUCACAUACAUCAGCCAGAAGAUCUACGACCUGACCAACAGCAAGAUUUACCUGGUGCCCCACAGCCUGGCCAGAAAACGUGUGUGGAACAAAAAAUAUCCCAUUUGCAUUGAGCUGGCCAAACAGGAUGACUUCAUGUCAAAGGGGGACCAAACUGAAUCUGAGGAUGAGAAAGUCCUUGCUUCAGGUGAAAGGACUGAGGGGGUAGUGGGUAGUGAGGACACCAAGCGCCCCACAGACCCUAUCCUGUACUUGUUCGGGAGGACAGGAAGAGAGAAGGAAGAAUGGUUCAGGAGGAUGCUGCUAGCCUCCAGGCUCAAGGCUGAGAUCAGGAAACCCUCUGGCCUGAAUGCAUCUUUCCUCCCCUCCUACAGCAGUGGGAGCAGCCAAGCAGGCGCUUUGUCUCACAGUUGCAGCAGUAGUCAGGGCAGUCUAGAUGACGUGAUACAGCCUAAACCACGGCAGAAGGACAUCAAACAAAAAGUACUGGACUACAAUGUCUACAUGGCUAAAUAUAUCAGCCACUCUUCAGGGAGCCCAAAUCCCAGCCCUCUUCACAGUACUGAUAGCAGUCCGAGGAGCGCAACGAAGUUCCCAGCAGGUCCUGGCACAGAGGCUGAGUCUGAGGCCUGGGUCAACGCCCUACUGGGCCGCAUCUUCUGGGACUUCCUCAGGGAGAAGUACUGGGCUGAUAUGGUCUCCAAAAAGAUCCAAAUGAAACUGAGUAAAAUCCGGCUGCCGUACUUCAUGAACGAGCUGACACUGACUGAGCUGGACAUGGGCAUGGCUAUUCCCAAGAUUCUUAAGGCCUCCAAACCAUCAGUGGACCAUCAAGGUCUGUGGUUUGACUUGGAGAUCUCAUACACUGGUUCUUUCCUGAUGACGCUGGAGACCAAGAUGAAUCUGGCCAGGCUUGGGAAGGAGGGAGAGAGCUGUGGAGAACAAGGAAAAGAGGGACCACGUACAUACUGCCUGGCCGACAGCGACGAGGAGUCGUCCAGUGCUGGAUCAUCUGAUGAGGAGGAUCCAACAGAAGUACCUGAAAUGCCGGGGACAGAGGGUUUUGUCGGAGGACACCGGCCGAGCAAGAUCAUGCGCUUCGUAGACAAGAUCGCAAAGUCAAAGUAUUUUCAGAAGGCCACUGAGACAGAGUUCAUAAAGAAGAAGAUGGAGGAGAUGUCCAAUACUCCUCUUCUCCUCACUGUGGAAGUGCAAGAGUGCCAAGGCGUGCUGGCCAUCAACAUUCCACCUCCCCCUACAGACAGAAUAUGGUAUGGCUUCAGAAGGCCUCCUCACCUUGAGCUGAAAGCCCGACCUAAGCUUGGUGAGAGGGAGGUCACUUUUGCCCAUGUCACUGACUGGAUUGAGAAGAAACUGGAUCAGGAGUUUCAGAAAAUAUUUGUCAUGCCAAAUAUGGACGACGUGUGGUUACCCAUCAUGCACUCAGCCAUGGACACACGGUCCAGCAUGAACUUAGCUACUGUGACAACCGAUGCCUUGAAAGAUGUGGCUCCCUUGGACCUUGAACAAACUGCGGAUGACUUUUGAAAGCUGAUAAAAGUCUCGUUUGAGACUUUGGGGAGUCAACCAAGGGCACUUGUCAUAUUAUGUUCUUAAAUGAAGAUUAGUUGGAAACAUGAGUGUGUCUAAAUGCAUAGUAGUAGACCAAUGCAUUUGUAUUAGACCUUGAACUGAGUUAAAUUCUGCUGAAUAAUGCUUUACAUGCAGAGGCAGUUCUGGCAGUGUUAACCUUGGAUUAAAAUCAGCUAUGGCUACGGCAAACAUCUGGGUUGGAGACCUCUUAUACAUUUACAGACCACUUUAUUAGAAACACCUGCUCAUUCUUGCAACUAUUCAAUCAGCCAAUCAUGUGGCAGCAGCAGUGAAUAAAAUCAUGCACAUACAGAUCAAACGCUUCAGUUGUUCACAUCAAACAUCAUACUGGGAAAAAUGUGAUCUCGGUGACUUUGAACAUGGCAUGGUUGUUGGUGCCAGAUAGGCUAGUUUAAGUGUUUCAGAAAUUGCAGAUCUCCUGGGAUUUUCACACACAACAGUCUCUUAAGGUUACACAAAAUGUUGAGGGGGAAAAAAAACAAAGUGAGCUGCAUUUCUGUGGGCAGAAACACCUUGUUGUUGAGAGAGGUCAGAGAAGAAUGGCCAGACAGGUUUGAGCUGGCAGGAAGACUACUGUAAGGAGAGGAAGAAUACUCAAAUUACCACACUGUACAACCAUGGUGAGCAGAAAGGUAUCUCAGAACUCACAACAACUCAAACCUUAAGGUAGAUGGGUACAACAACAGAAGAGCACAUUGGGCUCUACUCGUCAGCCAAGAAGUGAAAUUCUUCACCUUUAUCUGGAUGAUUUUUUUUUUUUUUGGUUGUGCUGCCGUCACGUGAUUGGUUGAUUUGAUAAUUGUAUGAAUGUGCAGGUGUUCCUAAUCAAGUGUCUGAUGAGAGUAUUUGUUUGCAGCUAAAAGCUACUUUUGUGUGAUAGGUACUAUACUACUGAAGGUAACUGGUGUGUUAGAAGCUUUUUAUCUCAUUCCUUUGCAAGCCAGUGUGGAAGGCCAACUGAAAGAAUCCCAUGCCACUCCUUUCAAAUCCUGUCCCUGCUAGUGGCUUUUGAUAGGAUAUUUUAAAAUGGUCCUAAUUGAGUGUGUGCCACUUUCAGCAUUCUUUCAAUAAUGUAAACUAGUGAAAGUAUGUUUGUGGAAUUUUGUGUAUGCCAUGAUUAUCAAUUGCUUUGUGCAAAUGUGCUUUCUCAAGGAUAACCAAUACCAUACAGACGCCAACCUUCACAACGCUCUUUGCUGCCUGAGUCAUCUGUGUCUAUACAAUUAUGCAAGUAGAUCAAUUUCACUGUGUUGAAGGACACCAGCUAAUACCCCAUCUGCCCCAGAAGUGGCACUAAAUCAAGCUGGCUAAUCAAGUACAUACAAACAAGGCGCUCUCUGUAGACUUUGACUUCUUAACCAUAACUUUUCUGGAACUGUCUUUACCAUGGACUUAUAUGCCAUUGUGAACUAUGGAGAAGCCAUCUGAAUGUAUAAGUCAUUGCCUGAUCAUAUCAAUUUAUGGGGUUUGUUAUGAUGAUGUGAUUAUUUUGUUGAUGUGAUUUCAAGAUUUACAAAGAUUCUAAAAUUUGUUUUUAAUGUUGUGUCAGUUUGUGUUGACUAAAACUGCGUUGUUUCAUACUAUUAGUUGUAACUAUUCUUUAAAGAUUUGAUUGAACAUGUAGACCAGGGCUGUUCAAUCUUAACUGCAAAAGGCUGGUAUGACUGCAGGUUUCCAUUCCAACCAAGCAUAAGUUACGCUUCUUGUUUCAUUUGUUUAAGCUGCUGAUCUCCAAUCAGUGAAUAGGUGUGGCUCCUAUUUGGGUGGACUGAAAGUCUGCAGCCACAUUUGCAGAUAUGACUGAAGGACAGACCAAGGAUUUUCAACUUUAGUCCUGAACACCCACUGUAAUGCAAGAUUUAACUCCUUCAAACACUCUUGAUCAAGCUCACAAGCUCAUCUAACCUACCAUUAUAAUACGGUAACUUUUUAGCAGCAAAAAUCUGAAACUUCAGUGCAAUGAACUUCCUGGACUGGAUUUGAAAAUUCCUGAUGUCCACCACUGCAAGACCCACUGACUACGUUUACAUGCACACCAAAUUCCGUUUAAGGUCUAUGUUCAGGUUGCAGCCAUAUUCCGAAUAUGACAUUUAUAUGCGCACAGGCAUUGGAAUAUUCCUGUAUACAGGGUUGUUUUAAGUAUGCCUGAGUUGCCAUUCCUAAACACCUAGCCUACAGCAAAUCAUAUGUUAGCACCCACAAUUCCUUGCAGACUGAGCAUGCACAUACACCUCUCCUUUCAGUGUAUUUUCUGAAUAAGGAGUUUACAUGCAAGACAUUUCAGAGUAAAACAGGAAUAUUCCAGGGGUGGGAAUCAGAAUAUUGUCUUAAUUUGAAUCAGGCAGUCGGAUUGCAGCCUGUACAUGACUCAAUACUAAUUAGAAUAUUACCAAAUUACAAUUAAUAUCAGAAUAUUGAUGGGCAUGUAAACAUAGUUAUAGAAGAAGCAGAGGUUCCUAUACUGUAAAUAUAAUUCCAUAACAAAGAUCUCUAGGUAUUGGUUACCAGCACAGAGUAUGACAGAGAAACAGAUCCACGGUUACAAGAAAAAUAACCCAACAGGACUGGUAAUCAGUUAUCUAAUGAUGAUCACAUCUGUUUCAGUUGCUUUCCUCAACACACUUCAUAGUUCAUUACAAAGAUGUCAAAGUACUAUGUCCAGUUGCGCUAACUUGAAAACACCCACCACAAUACUGCUGUGCCAUUGUUUGUGGAAAUCAGUCCAAUGUAAAAUGAUCUGUGUGCUUCUCUAUGUCAACGGCUCAGCAUACUUUUUGCACUUUGUGAAAAUGAUUGCCGUUUUAAGUGAUUGUGUUCAGCCAUACUGUGACAAUGGUGAUGUGUGGGGAUGUA